AUGGGGCGAGUUCAGAUCCCGACGGUGCUGACUGCGCUGCUCAAGCAUUCGUCUAUCCACGACAAGCCCUCUCCUGGCGCUGACGUGGCGUCUGUGAAGAAGAAUGCGAAACCAAGGGCCAAGUGCUAUACUUUGAUGACCGAUAUUCGGGUCAUCCAGGAUGCGAUGCUGUCCAUCAAUUCGGGGACGACGGUCAAGACACUCCUGGAGGUUAUCCAUACCUUUUGUGCCAUUGCGGAUUGGAUACAGGCAAUCAUUGCCUGGCAUAAUAGCCAGCUCGAUGCUGACCAGCCGGCGGGAAUGAUGGGGUCUCCCGAUGCGAUGCUCUUGUUUGAGGCUGUGGGGAUCCUGCUUUCGGUUCUAGCUGGGACUGGGAAGGGAAUAGAGGUUCUCUCUGCAGGUCCUCAUGAGGCGACAAAAAUACGGAUUGGUCAGGCUCUUUCAGCAUAUCUUCCUCUCUGUGCUGAUAUGUAUCCUCCCUUGCAUAAUCGGCUCGACGGUCUGCAAAAGCAGUUCAAUCUGUAUGGGCAGCCGCCAUCCAAGCUGGACGUUACGAUGAUGGAUAAUGUUAAUGUCAACGCACUCCAAUUCGAAGCGUCUGUGAUGGACGGACCUACUAUACACUCUAGAGCUGGUCUCUACAUAUAUAUCAAUGCGAUGCUCGUUGGACGUCCUCUGGUUGAUGACAGUAUAUUGCUCAACUAUCUCUAUAAUCGCUAUGCAGAACACUACGACGUCCUCAUCGAGGAGAUAAUAACGGCGUCAUUCGACGUUCUGUCCAACGCAAUGUACCGCAAUGAAUCUGCGAGGACGAUGCUUCUUUUCCGCUCGUUUUUAGUCAACAAAUUGCCACCAUUCUUUGCGGCAAUGCUGGCCGUUCCAAUGGUAACUUUCCCGAUGGAAGAGUGCAUCAGCCACGCCCUGAGCCGGAUAGACCCGAACAUUUUCCCAUCAUUCUCGCAGAUGUUCUCAAUGCAGGGCAAUGCAGCCCUAUCAGACGUGCGGCAGGAAUUUCUUUUCUCUUGUGCCUCACACAAGUUAAUACCGGAGUCCAGCAUCGAGCGGUUGUUAGGUGAGAAUCCGAUGCAGACUCUACCUGUUGGAGGCUCUUAUAUGAAGGAUGAGCUUAAGGCGCAGAUCAGCGCCAACCACGAACGUGCGGAGCAGUUGAUCAGCGAUAUCGAAUCGACUGAGGGGAAUGCCGGUGCGAUCGUCGGUGCUAUCACAGAAGUUAUGCAUGACCUCUGCAUGCAAAAGGAAACAAUGACGUUAAAAAACAUAUGCAACUCGUUAUCACGCCGACCACAGUCUCUCGACGUUAUGCUGCUCUUCCGCAGCCCAAGGCAGAUCCUGCAGCCGCUGUGCGCAUUGCUUGAUUCCUGGCAUUGGGACGAAGAUCAGGGAGAGAGCCAGCCGGUGUACGAUGAAUUUGGGAGUAUUCUGUUGCUGGUGCUGACCUUCAAGUACCGGUACGAUUUACGGCCGUGGGACCUGGGCAUCGCAAGCAACGAUUCGUUCAUUAUCAAAUUGAUUGAGCAGGGCUCAUCUAGCCAGAAGCUAGACGAACUAACCGAAAAGCAGAAUAAGAACCUGGGUGAGUGGAUAGCAGCACUAUUUAUCGCCGAGGGCAUCAGCGAGGAAACUAUGUCGGCGUGCAGUCCACAGGAAUUCUACAUGCUUGUCUCGACACUCUUCAGCCAAAGCUUAGGCGCGUGUGAAGCGGGGAAGCUGGAGUUCGAUACACUGAAAGGGGGCUUCGAGUAUCUCCUCGAGCCAUUCCUCCUUCCUUCCCUCGUUGUCGCACUAACCUGGCUCGGCAACCACAUCUGGGAAAGCGAAGCUGAUCCAACUAUCCCACUAAGGACCCUGCAGUCCUUAGUAUCACCCAGUUCGAUAUCUGGCGAGGCGCGUGAGAUCCACCUCACCGUCUUGAACAUCACUUCACGCUCGCUGGAAGAGCAGCUCAAAGACGUUCGUGCCCGCCAUCCCACACGAACAGACAUCAAGCCUAUCCUUGAUGCUCUGGAUCCAUGUCUCUCCUUCCAGCGAACAGCAAGCUGCCAUAAAUCCGAGCUUGAGCCAUGGACUACACAUAACCCUGGUGGGCUUCUAGGUAGUAUCCGGGCAACAUUCCAAUCGCUUAUCCUUUGGAGCACAAGUCCCGAUGUCUCAAUGGCUCCGCCUUCAUAUACGCAUCGCCAGGUCAUAACUGCGAUCCGCACCCUAGGCGCUUCCCGCGUACUGGCCGCACUACUCGACGAACUUAAAUUUCAAACCGAGUCGAAUCCGGGGACAGCAGGUAUCGCCCUCGACAUUGCAGCAAGCAUUGUUUCCGCCCCACUGUCGGAGUCUUUCGCCUUCGACCAGUUCCAAACGCAUCAUGAUCACUCCACGUCGAAAGAGUCAGAACAAGCACCCCACUACCCGAUCUUCAAUCUCCGCGACGCUCUCAAUACGCAGCAUGAGUUAGUUCCCAAGUUAUCUGAAAAAGACCUCCUGCGCGCGGAAAUCAUCGUCCGUCUCUACCGCCGUGUAAAUACUCUCCUCGCCCCGCCUGCGCAGGUAGCGCCUAACCUCGACAUGAACAUGGGCAUGAACGUCAACGUCAAUAUGAAUAUGAACAACAUCAUCGGCGAUAUGCACCUCGAUUCUUCUGGUGACGGAGCUUCGAACCAGAACAUGAAUAUGAACAUGGAGACGGAUACCCGAACACAAGCCCAGGAACAAGGACAUAACAAUGAACAGGCAAACCUCAACCAAAUAAUGGAUAAUGCUGCGGCGGCUGUGGGAAUGGAUAUGGAUAUGAACAUGGGUGGGGGAGGAGAUGGGAUGGGUGUUGGUGUUGGCGUUGGUGAAUUGGGACUUGGCGAGGUCGACCAGAGUAUUGAUGAUGUGUUAAAUGCCGCCGAGAUGAAUCCUGAAUUUUUGGAUCUGGAUAUGGAGGGAAUGUUUCAGUGA